CAUUGAAAAGUGUAGAUCGAUUGCUUGUGUUUAUAAGUUUAUUAGUUGGGUGUGAGGACUAAGGGGUAAAAUUGGAAUCACUGUAAAUGUUUUUAGUGGGUGAGACGGUUUGGCGGUUUAAUACCACAAAAUGUUAAAGAAUAAGUGGUUUGCGAUUGCUACACCGUCGAUUGAAGAGAAGGCAACAGAAAAGGAAGACCCUGAGGUUUCGAACAAGAAAUCACCUACUGGAUGUGCUACACCUAUCCAACCACAACCAGAUCUGGAGAUCGAGGAGUUGAUCGCGACAGAGGAAGAGGCUGAGGAUAAGUCUGAAGGAAAAAAAAGCUACGCUGAUGUUGUUGGUAUGCAGGAUGACCUGAAUUUUGCCCUGAAGUUUAUCCCGAUUGAAGAAAAUGAAGGCCAGCGUAUAAUCAAACUAACAACAGAGGAUGUGAUUGAACCGGGUAUGUACUGGGAAUCUGCACUGGUGUGUUGUAUCUUAGGAGCAAACCCCCCACUGGAAAUAGUUAAAGGAUUUUUAUCUAGAAUCUGGAAAGCAUAUGAAAUUGAUGACAUUUCAUUCUUAAGGGAGGGACAAUUUAUUGUUAGAUUCCAUAAAGUUGAGGACAGGGAUGAGAUCAUAAAGAAGAAGUACUACUUUAUGGACAACAAACCAGUAUUUGUUCAAAAGUGGUAUCCAGGAUGUAAAGUGAACCUGCUGGAAAGAAAGGACAUACCCAUAUGGAUUCAGUUCCCUGAUUUGGAGAUGAAAUAUUGGAGUCUCUCGGCAUUAAGCAAAUUGGGCAGCGCUAUUGGACAACCAAUCAGGAGGGAUAGGGCAACAGCUUCAAGAGUCAAAUGGUCCUAUGCCCGUAUUCAAGUUGAAGUCCAGAUUAACCAAACAUUUCCUGAUCAAAUUAAUUUCCUGAAUGAAGAGGGCAGAAUAAUAACCCAGAAGAUAAAGUAUGAAUGGGCUCCCACUGUUUGCUCACACUGUAAUAGAAUUGGUCAUGUGUUCGAGAUGUGUAGAAAGAGAAAUACUGAAAACACAAAGGGUACAGGAGGAAAGAAAAUUUGGAGACCUAAAACCACACCACAGGGGGGCAAGGAUGAAGCAGCACCACCCUCCAUACCCCAGAGAACUGAAACAGAAAAGGAAGAUAAUAAGAGGGAUAAGGAAAAUGUAGAGGCAAAGAAUCCAGAGAACUCUGAUGACUCAGGAUUCCUUGAGAUUUCAAAGAAAAAAGCUGCGAGGAGGAGGUCUUUGGAAGGUACAGAAGGGGAUUUUAAUACAGUUUUGAAACAGGAUGAGAAAAUUGGUGGCAAUCCUGUUAGUUGGGAGGAAGUGAGACCGUUCCAAGACUGUCUAAAUUUGUGUGGAUUAGAAGAUCUACCAUUUGAAGGACCUAGAUUCACAUGGACAAAUAACCAAGAUUAUGAUAAGCUCAUCUACUCCAAACUGGACAGAGUCUUGGGGAAUAUUAACUGGAUGUGCAAUUUUGAUCACAAGGUGUUUUUUAAAGAAAGGGGAAUCUCAGAUCAUUCUCCCAUGAUAAUACAGAAACUGGAACAAUUUAAAGCUGGACAUCACUUCAGAUUUUGUGACAUGUGGACCCUAGAUCCCCAAUUCCCUCUUCUAGUGGCUGAUGUUUGGGACCAGGAACACAAAGGUUAUCCUAUGUACCAAGUUAUUCAAAAAUUAAAGCAGCUCAAAGGCCCCCUGAAGAAGCUGAACAAAAGUAAGUUCCAAAAUUUGGAUUCCCAAAUUGGUCAAAUUAGAACUAAACUGCACAUUGUUCAGGCAGAUCAGAGGGCAAACAGUUCUAACACAAAUUUGGCAAAAUUUGAAAAAGAGUUGACUCAGGAGCUACACCAAAAACUCAGAGCUAACUUCCUCAUGAAAUGUCAACAAUCAAAGGCAGACUGGAUCACAUAUGGGGAUCAAGAUACUAAGCUUUUCCAUGCUUGGGUGAAGAAAAGGAGAGCCCAAACUCAUCUUACUGCGAUUGCUAAAGAGGAUGGAGAAGUAGUGGAGGGGAAAACCAAAGUGGCUAAAGUACUAGUAGAGUUCUAUCAAAAUCAACUAGGGAGGACAAUGGAGACUGAGGAUAUUAACCCGAACAUUAUCUCUAUGGGUAAUACACUAUCAAUUGAUCAGCAGAUGGCCUUGAUUGCUCCUAUAACCCCUGAUGAGAUAAAGACUAGUCUGUUUGAGAUUCCUAAUAAUAAAAGCCCGGGGCCAGAUGGUUUUAGCAGCGGAUUCUUUAAAAACCAAUGGAAGAAGGAGAUCUUGUGGAUCAAAUGGAUCCAUAAUAGGUACCUAAAAAACAGUGAUAUAUGGGAAUGCCAAAUCAAGACUGAUGACUGCUUCUAUUGGAAGAAAAUACUACAAACAAGAGAUUGCUUUGUGGAGAUGGGUAGAUCUAGCCCCUAUACUACUGAGGCUGGAUAUCAAUGGCUAUUGGGCCAAAGGCUGAAACCAGACUGGACUGGCUUGGUCUGGAAUAGGCUCUCACUUCCAAAACAUAAGUUCAUCCUAUGGCUCACCUGCAAGGAUAAGCUUCUGACCAAAGACAGAUUGAGGAGGUUUUAUCCUAUUGACACUCAAUGUUUAUUAUGCUCAAAUGGAGAGGAGGAUAGACAUCAUCUUUUCUGCAAUUGCCCUUACACUAGAGAGUUAUAUAAGAAGAUAUAUAAUUGGAGCCAUCAGCUAUUUGAGGGGCAAACCUUCGAAGAGAUUUGUGACCAAAUCCAGAAGAUAACACCAACUAAAAGAAGGAUGAAGCAAACAGCAGUGUUUGCAGCUUGUGUGUAUUACCUCUGGAAGGUUAGGAAUCUGGUCUUUCAUGAGAAUUCCUUAACCCCAACUGAAGAAGCCUUCAACUGGAUCAGAUACCAUGUUAGCACCUUCAUGAAUGCUAAAUAUAUGUAGUCCUUAUGUAAACUCAUAGCGGCUUGUGUUAUUAUUAGUCUAAGUGUUAGAGGCAGGUUUUGAAGCUUUGUAUUUUGUUUUCCCGUGCUGCUAUGCACUUAUGUCU